AUGAAAAGGACCUUCAAGCCUAUAGGUUUUAGAUCAGUUCUCUUUGGAGCCACCUGCUCGCCUUUUUUACUCCAGUCAACCUUGCAACAUCACUUUGAAACCUACCCCACUUCACCUGAAGUUAGUUUCCUCAUGACCAAAUUUUAUGUGGACAACUUAAUUGGCUCCUUACCAACAACAGCCAGCCUCUACAGCCUUUACAAGGUUGCAAAGAAAGUCCUGUCAGAUGCCGGAAUGCCUUCAAGAGAAUGGAUCAGUAAUGACCCAACCUUCAACGAAAUGGUAAAACAAGAAGGUGAUGGAACAACAGAAGGCUCAAAUCUUGUCAAAGUUCUAGGACUUCAUUGGAACUACAAGACUGACCACUUAAGCAUAAAACCCCCUACCUUUGAGGAAGCUCCGCUUACCAAACGGCUACUUUUGAGCAACCUUUCAAAAGUAUUUGACCCUCUAGGAUUGCUUGCUCCCAUAAUUGUACGAGCCAAAGUUCUUAUGCAAAAGAUCUGGAAGCUAUCUAAAAGGUGGGAUGAUGUUUUGCCACCAGAACUUCAAGAAGAGUGGUCGAAGAUCAAGAAAGACCUCGAGAACAUAUCAUACCAGGAAUUCCCACGCUUCACAGCCAACAGAGGGACCAACUACUCUCUUCACGUAUUAUGUGAUGCUAGUGAAAAGGCCUAUGGGGCUGCAGCCUAUUUGAUGGACCAACACGCAGGUGCGAACCUGUUUGCUCUAAAGCAAGAGUCGCCCCUCUCAAAAAGAAAGCAUACACAACUUGAGCUGACUGCCAACUAUAGUGCAGUCAAAAUAGCUGACUACCUCAGAACCGUUUUCACUACCGAUGGUGUCAAGAUUACUGACACUGUCAUAUGGUCUGACAGUAAAGUUGCCCUACACUGGAUUCAGAACAACAAAUCUAAAAACAUCUAUGUCCGCAACAGGGUGAAUGAGAUAAGUCAGGUCACUGAAGUGAGGUACCUCUAUGUACCUGGUGAAGAAAACCCAGCAGACCUUGUCUCUAGAGGAAUUUCCAUGUGGCAGUUUAAGAAAAGUCAAAUUUGGUUCCAUGGCCAAGUUGGCUCCCGAACCCAGAGAUGUGGCCAGAGCAAGCAGAUGUAUCUACAUGCUACCCACCUGAAACACCUGAAGAAGUUUUAA